AUGACCGAUGUAUCUCGGGGCCUCCGGCCUCUCGCACCGCGGACUUCUAUGGGUGGUAGCGGUGGAGGCGGCGCGGGAGGAGAUAGUCCUGGAGGAGGCGACGACAAAGACAGGCGCAUGAGACGAGCAUCGACGGCCUGCACCGAGUGCCAAAAACGUCGGACUAGAUGUAGCGGUCAUCCUCAAUGCGAUGAAUGCAGGGCCCAUAACCGCGACUGCUUUUUCGACGAAGCCAACGACAGGCGUCGCAAGGCUUCUGCGAGGAGAACGCAGGAUCAGUUGGAUUACUAUCGCAACUUUACCGAAGACCUCAUCGCCUCCAUCCGGGAUAGAGAUGGGGCGACAGUACAACUGAUCGUCAACGCUAUCCGAUCUGGAGCAGAGAAUGGAAGCCUGCGAGAGCUGCUUAACCGCCUCAAUGAGGAUGCCGAAGCUGAAGAAGAUCCCAAUAACCGGGGUCACAAUCCGAACAACCCUUACUACGACCCCAAUCAGCCUCGCUGGUCGGAAUCCUCCCACCCUAACUCGGGUCAUAUCGCAUGA